AAGUAAAAUGGAGGACAUUGGAUUGUUAAUUUUUGCGAUUGUUGUAUUAUUUUGCAUUUUGUGCGCAUCAAUUGGAUAUUUGAUGUACAUUUGCGGGGUAACACAAACAAUCGAAGUUGGUGCUGGCGCUCCAGUGAUAGGAGAAGUGACGGUAGCCUACAAAUUCAGAACCGGGCCCUACAAAGAAUGCGGAGAAUUGUUCACUGAAACAUGCAAGUUCGCCCCUUACUGCAAACAAAUUGGGAUCUAUUAUGACGAUCCAAAAGUGAUACCGAAAGAGAAACUUCGCUACUGUGUUGGAGCAAUUCUCAGUGAAGAGGGUGUCAAAGUUGAAAAAGAGCUUGUUAAUACCAUGACAGCUGAGGGAUUCAAAGUGAUCAAACUUCCAAAAGUUGCUCAUUGUGUAAAGACAUCCUUCCCAUACAUAAAUGUGAUGUCCAUAAUGAUUGCGGUGUGGAGAGUGUACCCCAAAUUGUCACAGUAUAUCAAGGAGCAUGCACUGUGUGCAUACCCAAUGAUAGAAAUCUACGAGAAGAACUUCAUUCAGUUCAUGGCACCCCUGUCCCAGCAAGAUGACUUCUUUGUUCCUGAAGCCAAUGAAAACAUUCCUGAAGAGUAUUCAGAGAACCAGGCCGACAUAUCACGUGACGAGUCGAUGUUGGAUUGGACGCGUGAUGAUGUCUCGCGGUCCAGCCGGGAUUCCUCUGCUUCUUCAUUCAGUCGCAGUUAUGUGAGCAGUCGUUAUGAGACGGAUGACUUAACUGAUGAUGAAUCUGAGGACGAAGGUGGGCCAAGUGUUCAGGACGAUGAGGUGAGCUCCACCGUUGACGUGCGUGCAUCAAAGGCAUGCACAAAUCUUCUUGAGGAUGCAGAGAAGCAAGCAAAACUUGUCACUGAGGAAGAGAUUCUCAUGACGGACGAUAAGGAUGAUCUUAAGCUGAGCGCCGAUGAUUCCCUCAACAUUAACAAUGAUUCUGGGGUCUGCUCUGGUCGCACUUCUGCUAGCCCCAAUGAGUCGACCAACAUGGGCCAUGUAUCGGCUGCUGCUGAAGCUGAUGGCAAUGAAUCUUCUUCAUCUUUCGAGGAAAUCCAUGUGGACAGUGUCAAUGAGGCCAUGUCUCUUUCCACUGAGGCUUAGGUUGUUUUGUUGAUGUGAUUGUUGUUAAGGGUAUUAUUUCACAUGUUUUCUGUUAACCACAUGUAAAUGAAUCUGAACGUUAAAUCUGUUUUGUUUUAAACCUUGUAAAUGUACACACACAUUUCUUUUAGUGUGUCAGAACAAAGUAUUUUUUCCUAAACAUCACAAACAUUUUAAAGAACAAUUAAAAUUGUUAAGCUAUCACUAUUUCAUACAAGUAGUAAAAGGGUGCUAAUAGCAUCAAGAAACCUAUGAGGCAGGCUGUCUUAUGUGCUUACAUAGAUUUGGGCUUUAGCAAUAACUGCUUUUUAUGCCCCCCCCCGAUCGAUAGAUCGGGUGUAUAUUGUUUUUGGCCUGUCUGUCUGUCUUUCUUUCUGUCUGUCAUUCUGUCCCAAAACUUUAACCUUACAGUAAAGUUUUGCAAUAACUUUUGAUAUAUUGAACAUAGCAACUUCAUAUUUGGCAUGCAUGUGUAUCUCAUGGAGCUGCACAUUUUGAGUGGUGAAAGGUCAAGGUCAAAAUCAUCCCUCAAGGUCAAAGGUAAAAAAAAAACACACCAAAACUUUGCCCUACAGUAAAGUUUUGCAAUAACUUUUGAAAUAUUGAACAUAGCAACUUCAUAUUUGGGGGGCAUGUGUAUCUCAUGGAGCUGCACAUUUUCAGUGGUGAAAGGUCAAGGUCAAGGUUAUCCUUCAAGGUCAAAGGUAAAAAAAAAGCGGCGCAUUAGGGGGACAUUGUGUUUCUGACAAACACAUCUCUUGUUUUGUGAUAAAUCUGAAAUUCAAAUACAUCACACAUAUAUAGUUCUCAUGAGCUGUGAUUUGCUAUUGCAAGGGUUAAGCGCAUAUGUAUCAAUAUUGUAUACCAGAUUGUUUAAAUGGUGUAUUGUGUUUUUGUAUAAACUUUAAAAUGUAAAGGUGUAACAGUUAUGGAAAUGGAUGUAUUGUAAAAUGUUUGUUAUAUUUAACAUAGAGGUUGUAAUUUAUAUGUAAAUAAAAAAUGUAACUUUAAAUAAUUUCAGCAUACAUGGUUAGUAAAACAAUAUUUUAAAUUCCCUGUGCAAGUUUUUCACAGAACUCCUUACAGAAAUAUUAAUUAUAAUGGUACUUGAGUUUAAUUUUCAGUCAAAUAUGGAUUUUGUGUUUAAUAUUUAGUGUUCAUCAAUCUGAAUCACUUCCCCAAAUGUAUGCAUAAAGUCUUUCACAUUCCAUAAUGUUAAUUCAGGUAAUUUAUAGAGUCCUUCUAAAUGUGAGACCAGUACAUGUUCAAAUGUUACCAUGUUACUUUAUUGUAUUACCUAGUAAAACCUGUUAGCACUAUACAAGUAAACUUCUAAACUGGUUACCAGUGAAUUGCUAUCAAUUCACUUGUUUAUUGUUGGGUGGUACAUGAACAUGCAUAUCGUUGUUAGAAAAUUUGUUACGAUGAAAAGUAUAUGAAGUUCUAGAUAGCAUUGUUGUGUUUGUAAGUUGCAAGUUAAAUGAUUGUUUAACCCACUUUUUUAUGAUCACAUUGGAAUGUAAAACACAAAAAGGUAGUGUAUAUUUAAAAGGCCUUGAAAAGAAAACGUUUUUUGUUCAAUUUUGUUAACACUUGUUUUGCUUUGUUCUUCACAAUGUAAUACUGCUGACCUGACCACAUUGCAGUUGAGAUUAGAUGUAUUGUGUUCAUUAUUGCAUGCCAGCCAUUUUUGGGACUUUUCGUUUUAUAUAAUACUGAACAUAAUUUUUGCAAAUACUCAUUCAAAAUGGUUAAAAAUGCUUCGUAAACCUUGCCGUUUCAGUCUAAAAUUAGUUUGUGUUUUGUCAUUUACCUUGGAUAUCAACGCAUUUAAUAAAAUGUACUGUUCAAUGCAUGACAUUUCUUAGAGAACAUGUUGUUGAUUUUGUGAAUUGUUUGGGGUCAGUUUAUAAAUAAUUCUAAUUGAACAACAAUUUAUGUGAAUUUCUGUGGCAAAAUAUAUUAUUUAUUGCUUUGAAGAAUAUUUCAUAUAAUAAUUGAAAUAUAUUUGAAUGAGACUGAUACACAUGUAUAUGUACAUGUAUGGUUUGGCAAUAGUGAGAAAAUAUGCGUACAGUGAAACACAGUUGUUUGUGGUAUAACAUUGUGCACAUUUAUGUUUCAAAUACCUGAUUAUCCCCACGUUUUUCGGAGAAAAAGUCGGGAUAUUGUGGUGAUGUGCGUCUGUCCGUUGGUCUGUCCGUCCUGGCCACCUGCUCCUCCUACACUAUUAGCACUAGAACCUUGAAACUUACAAACAUGGUAGCUAUGAGCAUAUGUGCGACGGUGACAGUGACGGAAUUUUGAUCUGACCCCUGGGUCAAAAGUUAUGGGGGUUGGGGCGGGCCGGGUCAGAGAUUUUCACUAAUUUUUUUAAUGUUAUUAUGCCCCCCUUCGAAGAAGAGGGGGUAUAUUGCUUUGCUCAUGUCGGUCUGUCGGUCGGUCUGUCGGUCGGUCCGUCCACCAGGUGGUUGUCAGACGAUAACUCAAGAACGCUUGGGCCUAGGAUCAUGAAACUUCAUAGGUACAUUGAUCAUGACUCGCAGAUGACCCCUAUUGAUUUUGAGGUCACUAGGUCAAAGGUCAAGGUCACGGUGGCCAGAAAUAGUAAAAUGGUUUUUGAAUGAUUACUCAAGAACGCAUACGCCUAGGAUCAUGAAACUUUAUGGGUAGAUUGAUCAUGACUUGCAGAUGACCCCUAUUGAUUUUGAGGUCACUAGGUCAAAGGUCAAGGUCAUGGUGACCCGAAAUAGUAAAAUGGUUUCCGGAUGAUAACUCAAGAACGCAUACGCCUAGGAUAAUGAAACUUCAUGGGUAGAUUGAUCAUGACUCGCAGAUGACCCCUUUUGAUUUUGAGGUCACUAGGUCAAAGGUCAAGGUCACGGUGACCCGAAAUAGUAAAAUGGUUUUCAGAUGAUAACUCAAGAACGCAUACGCCUAGUUUCAUGAAACUUCAUAGGUAGAUUGAUCAUGACUUGCAGACUACCCCUAUUGAUUUUGAGGUCACAAGGUCAAAGGUCAAGGUCACGGUGACCCGAAAUAGUAAAAUGAUUUUCGAAUGAUAACUCAAGAACGCUUUUGCCUAGGAUCAUGACACUUCAUUGAUCGUGACCCGCAGAUGACCCCUAUUGAUUUUCAGGUCACUAGGUCAAAGGUCAAGGUCACAGUGACAAAAAUCGUAUUCACACAAUGGCUGUCCACAACGGACAGCCCAUAUGGGGGGCAUGCAUGUUUUACAAACAGCCCUUGUUUCUUCAUUUCUACACAGAUUCACUUCAAAUUGAUACUGAACCUCUCUUAUGACAAUACGGUCAAUCUCAGCUAUGCAUGGCCCCAUUACCAACCCUGGGGCGCCCCGCCAACAUAGGCCACGCCCACCCAAAAUUGCCUUUUACUAUAAUUUCUUCAUUUCUACACCGAAUCACUUCAAAUUGAUACUGAACCUCUCUUAUGACAAUACAGUUAAUCUCAACUAUGCAUGGCCCCAUUACCAACCCUGGGGCGCCCCACCCACAUAGGCCACACCCACCCAAAAUUUCCUUUUACUGUAAUUUCUUAAUUUCUACACCAAUUCACUUCAAAUUGAUACUGAACCUCUUUUGUGACAAUACAGUCAAUCUCAACUAUGUAUGGCCCCAUAACCAACCCUGGGGCGCCCCGCCCAUAAUAGGCCACACCCACCCAAAAUUGUCUUUUACUAUAAUUUCUUCAUUUCUACACCGAUUAACUUCUAAUUGGUACUGAACUUCUCUUAUGACAAUAUGGUCAAUCUCAACUAUGCAUGGCCCCAUUACCAACCCUGGGGCGCCCCAGGGCCAAACAUGCGGCGUGGGGAUACGCGUCAGCCUCUGCCGCGCCAUUUCUAGUAUUAGACUUAAAUCUUAUCUAUAGUAAUGGCAAUAUAUUUUAUAAACAAUACUGCCAUUUGUGAUGUAGUUUAAAACAAAAUUGCAGUUUUCUGUUUAAAUGUAUUGCAAUAUUUUGUCGGUUCUAUGUUUGGAAAUUUAAAGGCUAUAUGGACAAUGUCAAAUUAUUGAAAGGUAAUAAUUAGUUGUAAGUGCUAUUGAAUUUCAUUCAUAAAAAAUGCAAUAUUGUUUUAACCUUACUUGUAAAAUUUUAAUAAAUAAACUAGUGCAAAACUAAUGAAUGUAUGUAAAGAAGCAUCACUUAAUAUUGUAAUUCUUUAUUGCAGUGAAUAGCACUGUUAUCAUUGUGAUGUAAAAUAUAUGUGAAGUCAUUUUACAGCUUAACUGAACCAAGUAUAGGGGCCAUUAAUUCACUAAUAAGUUGUGUGUUAAAUUUUCUGCAUGUAAUCAUAAAAAAAUUAUAGGGAAAAAGGACAUAGUACAGGUGUAGUAAGACCUACGAAAGUGAAAAAAAAUAAUAUCACUGACUUAAAAUAUUAUCAAUAUACUUUCCAACAUUAUCAUGUUCUUCUAUUUUACUAGAUUCAGUCACAAAAACUAAUUCCUAAAAACAGAUAUUUUUAUUAUCCCCACGCUUUUUGAAAAGCGUGCUGAUAAUAUUGUUGUUAUCUCCGCCGUUUGUCGGUCUGUCCGUCCUGGCCACUAUCUCCUCCUACACUAUAAGCACUAGAACCUUGAAACUAACACACAUGGUAGCUAUGAGCAUAUGUGCGACCCUGCACUAUUUGGAAUUUUUAUCUGACCACUGGGUCAAAAGUUAUGGAUGUUGGGGUGGGGCCGGGGCAGAGAUUUUCACUCAUUUUUUAAUUUUAUUUUCUUUAACAUUGGCCAUAAAUUUGCAAUAUUGAAGAUAGCAACUUGAUAUUUGGCAUGCAUGUGUAUCUCAUGGAGCUGAAAUGAAGAUAGCAACUUUAUAUUUGGCAUGCAUGUGUAUCUCGUGGAGCUGCACAUUUUGAGUGGUGAAAGGUCAAGGUUAAGGCCAUCCUUCAAGGUCAAAGGUCAAAAAAAUCAAAUACAAGGGAAGUAAUAAGCUUUAAAGGGAGGUAAUUAAUGAACCUGCCAAGUGAUUUUUUUAAAAAUAAAUCAAAGCGGCGCAGUAGAGGGCAUUGUGUUUCUGACAAACACAUCUCUAGUUUUAUGUUAUUUUCAUUUACUUCUUCAUUUCUACACCCAUUUACUUCCAAUUGAUACUGAACCCCUCUUAUGACAAUACGGUGAAUUUCAACUAUGCAUGGCCCCAUUACCAACCCUGGUGCGCCCCCUGGGUCAAACAUGCGGCGUGUGGAUGCACGUUGGCCUCUGCCACACCAUUUCUAGUUUUGACUGCAUUUGAAGAUAAAUGUAUUCGUGCUAAAAAGUCAGUGUCAGGUAAAUGUUUGUGAGCUAUAAUUUAGUUUUUUAUUGUACAGAAGUGUGUGUCUAUUUCCCCAGAGUGCAUUUGCCAAGUCUUUGGCUAUAACCAACCACAAUUUGCUAUUCUGCCUGUAGUGUAGUGUUGAUCUGUUAUAGAUGUCAUCACGAUUGUUAUAUGUUCUCACAUAAGCAGGAAUCACAGUUAUAUCCAUUUAUCAUUAGUUGUAUAUAUUUAUUAUUUGUUAUUUACCGUUGUUGAAGGAAUUCUUAUAUCCAUCAGAUUUAUAUGUGGAGCAUUACAUUUUAUAUUCAUUAUUUUUCAUGUAUUCAGGUUUGUUGUUUGUUGUUGUUUCUGCAAGGAUAACAUUGAGCAUCCAUGUUGAUUAUUGCAAAUAGCUGCUUGCUUACUUUAUAAACAAUAAAGGAAACUGCAACUAUAA